ACAACUCCUCCUUGCACCAUAAUCAGUCCUCUUUUCUCUACGCCAAAUAUCAUCAAACGCUCUCUCCUUUUCUCAUCGCCUCUCUUCUGUAUUCUUUUAUAUUUUUUCUUUUCUUGUCGAUCUCUGUUUUGGCGCGAAUACUCUGUUUCGAGUUAACCGUGUUUACAACUUUUAUUUACUUUCUUGGGAAACUUGGAAAGAACGCAAUGGAGUUUACUAGUUUUUAUCACCCAUCGUCUCUAAGCGUUUGGGAUUUAGGAGAUUUCAUGGGGACGGAGAGGGAUUCAUUUGAGCUAUUAGGUUCUCAGCAACAUCAUCAGUUUCAGGACUAUGCUUCACCUCAUUCCUUACUUCUUGAAACGCUCCAACCGCAAAUGCAACCGUUUGUUAAACUGCCUUCUGCUGAUUCAAUGAUCUUUCAAGCUCCACUGUCAAACGCGACUGCAGAUAAAUCAGUGACGUCAAGGGUGGAGACUUUGUGUUCGGAUCAUUUGCUGAUAAAUUCACCGGCGACACCUAACUCUUCCUCGAUUUCUUCGGCAUCAAGCGAGGCUGUAAACGAAGAGAAAGCUAAAAGAGUAGACCAAGAAGAAGAAGAGGGACAUACGAAGAGUGAUACUAAUAAACAGCUGAAACCAAAGAAGAAUAGUUUGAAAAGACAAAGAGAAGCAAGAGUAGCCUUCAUGACAAAGAGCGAGGUUGAUCAUCUCGAAGAUGGUUAUCGCUGGAGAAAGUAUGGUCAGAAAGCUGUCAAAAACAGUCCUUUUCCCAGGAGUUACUACCGUUGCACAACGGCUUCAUGUAACGUGAAGAAGAGAGUGGAGAGAUCGUUCAGAGAUCCAAGCACUGUGGUUACGACCUACGAAGGUCAACACACACACAUUAGUCCACUCACUUCUCGCCCAAUUUCCACUGGAGGGUUCUUUGGAUCGUCAGGAGUUGCUUCAAAUCUUGGUGGUAACUUUGGAUUUCCAAUGGAGAGAUCAACAGUAAUAUCUCCUCAAUUUCAACAGCUUGUCCAUUACCACCAACAACAGCAACAACAAGAACUCUUGUCUUGUUUUGGAGGAGUCGGCCAGUACCUUAACAGCCACACACAUGGAUAUGGUGAUGAUGAACGUGUGAAGAAGAGUCGAGGUUUGGUUAAAGAUAAUGGACUUCUUCAAGAUGUUGUCCCGUGUCAUAUGUUGAAGGAAGACUAGUCUCUAUGUAGUAUUGUAAUAUGUAGUAUUUAGUUAAGGUUCUGUUUUGUAUAAUUAAUUGUUUAAAGAAACGGAUCAUUUCGUUCUCAUGAGGGAGAUGUAGAUCUAAUAUUCCGAAGGUAAUGUCACCUACUGAUGUUUUAUUCAGUGA